AUGUCCCCAACGGUGGUGCUAAGGUUUGGCAAUGGUUUAAGAAUUAGUUAUGGCAAGUACGAUUCUAUAUUGUGUAGUGUUAGUCAAAAUGAUGUUUAUGGGCAACCAGUCAUAACAACCAUAGGCGAUUACAAGAUUCAAGAAUGGGAAAUUUUUAGAGUCUCUAGGUUCGAUAAUCCGAUUCCAUAUCGCAUGUAUUCACCUGUUACUCAAUCAUUAAUUGACGACGAAUUUGUAGCGUUGAUUGCGUCAUGGAUUGAUGGUAAAGAUAUGGAAGACCCAUAUACUGAAUUUGACAUGCCAUUUGAAUUUAAACUUUUAUUUAGCAUGAAAGAACGUUCAAUUUCUGCUCACGAUAAAUAUUAUAAUCAGUCAGCGUACAAACUAUUACCCACGAUGAAAUGUCACCAUGGUCCUUCACUAAUGAUGAUGCGGAUUGAAGGUUCUGGACAAAUAAUUGGUGCCUAUAAUCCUCUCAAUUGGAAACGAGAUGUACGAAAUUGUAAGGAAAAAUAUGUUCACACGUCAGAAAGUUUUAUUUUCUCAAGUAAAGAUGAAUAUGGAACGGACCCUCGAUUCAGUCGAGUUAAAGAUUCUGAUAAAGCAAUUUCUCAAGUAAAAGUAUAUCCCAGCGGUAUUCUGUUGAAAUUUGGUGAGGAUUUGGGUUUUAUUUAUGAACAUGGAAAUUUACAUACCGAUGAACCAGAUUAUGGAUUUGAAGACGAUGUUAUAUUUCCUUAUGUCUUAUGUUACGUCAAAGAAAAUGGAUUUUAUGAACAACCAACUAUUUUACCUGAAGGCAGGUAUAGGAUUGAUCAAUGGGAAGUAUUUAGGGUAAUUAGAACAGAAAACCCAUUUACCAAUUAUUAG